GAAGCACUGGCGUCAUGUUCAUGGUAAAGAGCAUUUAUUUACAUGCAUAACGAACACCCUUACAUCGAAGAUAUACUAACUUUUUUGCAUUUUUGCCAGUUAAUGCUCUUCUCUUUUGCUUUGUUUACCCUACCAACACAAAACUCAAAAUCAAACUAUUUAACAGUGGGCGGUUCCGAUUACUUUGCUGCUACCGGGAAAUCACAGUAUCCCACGAUAGGCUCCAGUUCUUUCAACAAUCCUGAUAAGCUUUUAGAUGAUGGCUUGAACGGAUUCUAUUCAAAUUAUUACCAUCCUGCUGCCCAUGAUCAACAUGCUUCCACUGAUCUCGUUCUUUUAGAUUCUGUGCGACCUAAUGAACUUCAAAUGUGGAUCAACGAUAAAUUAAAUGCAUAUCCUCAACAAAAAGAAACCGCUGUUGUAAAGGCCAGUAAGAAGAAUAUUUUUGCUCGUUGGCUACCCAAGUUCUUCUUUAGAAGUGAGUCGGUUGUAGAUAAUGAGGCAAUAGACGACAGCACGACCACUACCACCAGUGGCCCCAAUAAUGAGGUUUACUUGUAUUCCAAUGAAUUAACAAAAUUGGCUUAUGUUCAUCACUCACAACAGCAACAACAACAUCAAUAUCAGCAAGAUCAACAAGCAGAUAGACCCAGCAUGUCGUCGCCUCCGAGAAUGUCUAUAUUUUCACCCUAUAAUCGAACUACAGCAGAUCAAUCGGACACUUUUCUGAAAAUUGAUGUUCAAAUAUUGAAUUCUGCCAUUGUGAAGGGCCAACUGCUUCCCAUGCACCCUUUCGGUAACGCAGCGUUGUCUUCUCGUCAGGCUUUGUUAGACACCGAUGCAUUUGGUGCUUCAACGACUACUAGAAAGAGAAAAAAUGAUGUGAACUCUUCAUUCAAUGAUACCCAUAGCAACAACCACAGUAAACGCGGACUAACCAACCCCAUGGUCUCCAAUUCAGCCUCGACCCUCGCGAGACGAGAUAUUAAACGCGCGAAAAAGUUAUCCAGGGUCAUAACUUGAAAAAUUAAACGAACACUAGACAGUAAAAUUAGCUUUCAAUUUUCUUAAACAGUACAUUUGUUAAACACAACAUUAUUUUAUCACUACGUUACCCAGCCUGAUUUCUGAUUUCUGAUUUCUAAUACACUUAUUCUUUAACAGUAAACGAAGAAUAAACCCAAAACGUCUUAUAUACCUCUUUUAUGAAUGCAAUCUCAUAAUCCUGUAUUGAAAAAUGGUUCGUUUUUUAUUGGUAUCUGAGAGUUCAUUUGGUAACAUGAUAGAGUCGUCCUCUAUCAAUAUGUAUAGAAUAAGAGCUGUCUUUAACAAAAAAAAAAAAAAAAAGGAGGAAGGACUAAAGGAACGAUUCA